GGUGUGACCUUUUAAACCCCAUGUUUUUGUUGGGACUUUAGCCUUGCACAGUGGUAGUGAAGCUCUCCUUCGAUGGCGUCACUGUCUUUCACACAAUUUUAUUCAGUGCCCAGGUGGCAUCCUAAUUGGCCUUUCUUCUGGUCCACAAACUCGUUACAACUUCAAGAUUAUAGAUUGGGGAAUAGAUGGGUUCUUACAGCAGUCUCUAGGGAAAAAAAUGGUGGGACAUCAGCUCAAGACGCAUCAGAUGGAGAAGUGGUGGUAGAAAACAAGACUCUUAAAACUUCUAGACGAGCUCCCAGUAGGAGUAGGAAAAAGGAAAUAUCAGAGGUUCCAGAGGAAAAUUCUUUGUCAGCAGUGAAUGGUGAAAUAACAAAUGGGGAAAGCAUAACACCUGCAGGGUUAAAGGAGGAUUUGAAGAAAACCCAAAGACGAACUCGAAGAAGAGCUGCAUCUACUUCUAGUGUCAUGGAGGAAGAACUAACUGCAAAGAAGGUGACAAGGCGGAGGAGGACUAAGAAGACGGUAAACGAUACGCAGGAUCAAGCUAGUGAGGGAGAACUUACUGAUCAUGAGGAUGGUACAUUUGUUGCAAAUGAGGAUGAUGAUGCUGAAGUAGAUGUAGAGAUUGGAAAAGUUUGGGGAGAGGAUAUUAGCUUCACUUACGGAUGGCCGCCUCUUGUUUGUUGCUUUGGAGCAGCUCAACAUGCUUUUGUGCCCUCCGGAAGGCCAGCAAACAGACUCAUAGACCACGAAAUGCAUGAAAGAAAGAAGGAUGCGUUAUGGGCUCGUGAAAAGUUUGUUAGGGCUCCGGGGGGAUGUGCAAGUAAUGUUGCAUUGCUACUUGCGAGUUUGGGUGGUAAAGUUGCCUUCAUGGGGAAACUUGGGGAUGAUGACUAUGGUCAGUCCUUGCUAUUAUAUCUUAAUGAAAACAAAGUUCAAACUCGAUCAAUCCGUAUUGAUAGUAAAAGAGUAACUGCAAUAUCACAGAUGAAAAUAGGUAAGAGGAGUGGCUUGAGAAUGACUUGUGUCAAACCCUGUGCCGAGGAUUCUUUAUCGAAGUCUGAGAUCAAUCUUGAUGUAUUGAAGGAGGCUAAGAUGUUUUACUUCAAUACAUUUUCGCUGCUUGACCGGAACAUGAGAUCAACUGCGUUGCAGGCCAUCAAGAUUUCAAAAAAGUUAGGAGGGGUUAUUUUUUAUGAUCUUAACCUCCCAUUACCACUAUGGCAGUCCGGGGAAGAAACGAAGAUGUUCAUAGAGCAAGUGUGGAAACUUGCAGAUAUUGUUGAGGUUACCAAGCAAGAACUUGAAUUUCUUUGUGGGAUCAGGCCCUCUGAGAAGUUUGACACCAGAGACAAUGACAGAUCAAAAUUUGUUCAUUAUGGACCAGAAGUUGUCGCUCCCCUUUGGCAUGAAAAUCUCAAGGUAUUGUUUGUGACAAAUGGGACUUCUAAGAUACACUACUACACCAAGGAGCACAAUGGCUCUAUACUUGGCAUGGAGGAUGCACCCAUUACUCCAUUCACUUGUGAUAUGUCUGCAUCAGGGGAUGCAAUUGUUGCAGCUCUCAUGAGAAUGUUGACAAUUCAGCCACAUCUUAUCACUGACAAGGUAUACUUGGAGCACACCAUCAAGUAUGCCAUUAACUGUGGAGUGAUAGACCAAUGGAUGCAGGCACGAAUGCGUGGCUACCCUCCUAAAGAAGGUAUGGAAGCAGAUGUGUCCCCCGAUUUCAAUGGCAUAAGAUCAAUUACAGAAAGGGAAUAUUGUACGUUGGUGCCUGUAAGUUGAUUAAGUUUGUACUCCAAUACAAACUGUUGGUUCUGAUAUACACUGCAGACAGGCUGGGAUUUUAUCAUUCUUUUCUGCAUUGGUAUGGUAAAUAUUUCCUAUUAUGGCGAGAGAUAGCAGAUUUAUACCUCAAUUCAUUUUCCUUUUGUUGUCAUAAGCUUCCAACCAGUAUCUCUCAUCCCCAUCUAGAAUGGUGUUUGGUGUGUUUUCUUUUAUCUGCUUUUAGUUGCUGAGGUUUCAGAAAUGUAAUUGUUACUUCUGCAACCAAUCUGAGGUGAGCAUGAUGAUUGCAAAUUUGUUGCCACCAGUUCUCAAGGCCAUCUUGCUGUGCUUUUUCUGCCUUAUUUUAACUUGAAGAGGAUUUGAUAUUUGAUUUUGAUUGUGAACCCUUUGAC